UCCGUGCUGACGUCGCGGAGCGGACGAAAGGAGGGCAGGGCGUGUGCGCGCGAGCUUCUGUUCCCGCCGGCGCGCGCGCGUGGCGGGCGCGGGAGGGAGCGGGAGUAAGGGAGCGCGUAGGGGCGUGAGGCGGCGGCACCGAGUCCAGCGCGAGGCCAGUUUCCCGCUGCGCGUUCCACCGGGAAAGCCAGCGGGGGCAGCGCCAGCUCCCUCCAUCCCCCCGCGGCGGCGGGGGAGCGGCCCCGCCCGUGACGCGAGGGGCCGGGCCGAGCGCCCGCCGCGCUUCGGGCCUUGUAGGCCGCUGUCGGCGUGACUCGGCCGAGCCGCGCCGGCCCUCUCGCGUUCAAGAUGUCGGCACAGGCCCAGAUGCGCGCCAUGCUGGAUCAGCUCAUGGGCACGUCCCGGGACGGUGACACGACCCGUCAGCGAAUCAAAUUCAGUGAUGACCGAGUGUGCAAGAGCCACCUUCUCAACUGCUGCCCUCAUGAUGUGCUCUCUGGAACUAGAAUGGACCUUGGAGAAUGCCUUAAAGUGCAUGACCUGGCAUUAAGGGCAGACUAUGAAAUAGCGUCCAAAGAUCAAGAUUUCUUCUUUGAGCUUGAUGCAAUGGACCACCUGCAGUCAUUUAUUGCAGACUGCGACCGGCGAACAGAAGUGGCUAAGAAAAGACUAGCAGAAACCCAGGAAGAGAUCAGUGCUGAAGUUGCAGCUAAAGCUGAAAGAGUUCAUGAGCUGAAUGAAGAAAUUGGGAAACUGUUGGCCAAAGUAGAACAGCUCGGAGCUGAUGGUAAUGUGGAAGAAUCUCAAAAAGUAAUGGAUGAAGUGGAGAAGGCUCGGGUAAAGAAGAGAGAAGCAGAAGAAGUGUACAGGAAUUCUAUGCCUGCGUCUAGCUUUCAGCAGCAGAAGCUACGGGUUUGUGAAGUGUGCUCAGCUUAUCUUGGUCUUCACGACAAUGACCGGCGACUUGCUGAUCACUUUGGAGGAAAACUACAUUUGGGAUUUAUUGAAAUAAGAGAGAAACUUGAGGAACUCAGGAGGAUUGUGGCUGAUAAACAGGAGAAACGAAAUCAGGAACGUCUGAAACGUAGAGAGGAGAGGGAAAGAGAAGAAAGGGAGAAACUAAGGAGGUCCAGAUCCCACAGCAAGCAUGCCAAAAGAUCUAGGUCCCGAGAUCGCCGCAGACACCGCUCUCGCUCAGCCUCACGGGAACGGAAGAGAAGGACUCGAUCCAAAUCCCGUGAGAAACGCCACCGCCACAGGUCCCGCUCCACCAGCCGCAGCCGGAGCCGCAGCCAUCAUAGAAGCAGGCACAGCUCCAGGGAGAGGAGCCGAGAACGCAGCUCCAAGAAGAGAUCCUCUAAAGAAAGAUCUUCCAGAGACAAAGAGCGUUCAAGAGAUCGCGAUAGAACAUCCCGUGAUAAAGACAGAAGCUCAAGGGAGAGAUCGCCACGGGAUUUCAAAGACAAGAAACGUUCGUACGAAAGCGCUAACGGCCGAUCAGAAGAGCCGAGGAGCUCAGAGGAGCGUGAAGCAGGGGAGAUAUAACUGGCUGUAUACUGACCUGAUCUCUAGCUUCUUAUGAAGUUUCAUACUUUGGUUUAGUUUACAAUUGUUCAAAGGGACACCCGUGAGCAGUUCCAACACUGAUCCAACUAGGGUAGAUGUACAAUAUAUAAAAGUGGUUAUAACAAAGUCAGAAUUAAACCUCAUGAAUUAAUGAUGCCUAAAGCUGGGUCCUGGACUUCCAUCAAGUUGUAAAACUUUUCUGAAAGAUACUCUCUUUAUUUAGGACAACAGUUUUAUGUACCAAGAUGCAGAUCUCAAUGUUUUUAAUCUCCUUUCCAAUACAAGUUAGUGAACAAAUUACAUUGUACUACUUGCCUUGGGUGCUUUUGAACCUUUAUCAAUUCUCCAAUUCUGCUCCGGUAAAAGAGCAGCAUUGAAAGGUUGUAUUUGGGGAAAUUUUUUUUUGUUGUUUGCUUUUUUGUAAGAGGGUGGGUGGAAGGAUGGAUAUUAACUUUUACUCUAAGAUUAUGUUCAGAGUGUUGGGUUUUAUUUUUGUUUGGGAUCCUAGGAGUUGAUUACAAGUGGGAGCAUUUAGACAGGAAUGUGUGCUGGAGAAAGUGGAAAUGUCUUUUUACAGUGCCUAUUUAGACUGGGAAGUUGAACAGCUGUUGCAUUAGAUCUUUUUUAUUUCUACUUAAAUUUUGAAAUCAAAGCCAGUCCCAUAUCUGUACCAUUUGAUUGGUAUGUGCUCAAUAUAUUUGUUUUUUUCCAUAAGGACUCUUUCUGCUUUUUCUUGUGGAGCACACCUUUAAUUGUAUUCAAGCAAACAGCAACAACAAACAAAAUUAAGAACAAAAGAAAUAAAAAAAAUCAAAAAUAAACCAUAUUGUCCAAUAACUUAACAA